UACUCUACUCUGCAAAUAUUCCAAUUUCAGCAUUUUUCCUCUCUCUGCUAAACACCAUUAUAUCUAUCUUAAUUAGCUCUUCAAUUCGAUCUACAACAUCACCUACUGUCCAUGCCUUUUGCUUUGCUGCUGCAUCAAACCUUUGAUCUCAUCUCCAAAUUCGCUUCCAUCUCAUAGUUAUUUCUUUCAACUUCAUUCCUUCCUGCGCUCUCUCUCUCUCUACAACAUCACAUCACAUUGUCUGCUAUGGCUUUUGCGGCUGUAACAAUUUUAAUGGAUACACUCCACCAACACUUCCUCCAACUCACUCCUCGUUUCCCUCUUCGCAACAAAACAAAGGUCAGAUUACUUUACAAACAUCUUUCUUCUUUGCAAACCUCUCUUGAACAAGAUUUCAACAUGGGGGAGUGUGAUGAAGCAAUCAAAGCUUUGGAAGCACAAAUGAGAGAUGUCUCCAUUGAACUGAGGUUCCAAAUUGAACACCAUUUGACGUUGUUUUACAUUGGGAAAUCCAUGAAGCUUAGGCUUCACUCUGCUCAAAAGCUUCUUCCCAUUUUGAAUGAAGCAACUAAAGGCGGCAUAGAAACUAUGGAUUUGGAAUGUGUAUCGGAGAUGCUAAGGAAGCACUUCACGCUGCCGGUAGCAGGCAUGCCCGCUCAUAUAAAGAGAAUGGUCAUAUCUUUUUGCACACAAUAUGGUUAUCUCUUUUACAAAAGAUGGAGCAAGGUCAAAGAGGAGAGCGGGGAUGAAGAGGAGAACGGGGAUGAACUGGAGAGUGAGGAUGAACUGGAGAGCGGGGAUGAAGAGGAGAGCCGGGAUGAAGAGGAGACUGAGGAUGAAUGGGAGAACAAGGAAGAACAAAAGAGUGAUGAUGAACAAAGGAGCAUGGAUGAACAGGAGACUGAGGAAGAACAAAAUAGUGAUGAUGAACAAGGGAGCCAGGAUGAACAUGAGGACAAUGAUGGUGAAUGGGAGACAGAGGUACUACAACCUAUUUUGUCUGAAGCAGAAAGUAUAAUCAGGCAAGAAUUGAGAGUCCCCUCUUAUCUCAAUAAAUACAUGAAGCAACGGAUACAGGCUCGACAUAAGAUUAAUCAAAUUUUCAUGCAAGGAAUUAAACUUACAUCCUACAUCAAGAAAGAGAUGUUGAAGGUUAAGAAUGCACACUACAAUCAAUCCAAUACCCCACAAGGGAACAAUACAUGUGCUUCUCUUAGACUUAUAGGGCCAAAAAGGGAGAACAUUACAGUUGGUGAUUCGUUGCAGCAUACUACAAUAGAAAUGGUGGGCUGUGAUGAUGAGUUCAACAUGAUAAUGGAUAACCUGAAACAGCAAUCCAAGCAACGAGAAAUUGUGUCAAUUGUGGGAAUGGGUGGAAUCGGUAAAACCACCUUAGCUAAAAGAAUUUAUGGAGAUGCUUCAUUCAUUUCUCGCUUUGAUUGUCGAGCUUGGGUUACUAUCUCACAGGAUUAUAAUCCAAUAAAAGUGCUCAAAGCCCUUCUUUGUUCUCUUGACCCAACACGAGUCGUCUGUGAAGAAAAGAAUGAAUUGGCUAUGCGAGUAGACAAAUGUGUCAAAGGUAAAAGGUAUUUGAUUGUAAUAGAUGACAUAUGGAGUACAAAUGUGUUGGAUGAUUUAAUGAGAUGUUUUAAGGAUGGCAAGAAUGGAAGUCGAAUGUUGUUGACUACUCGCCUAAAGAAUGUGGCUGAGUACGCUGAUUCACGUGGUAAUCUUUGUCAUAGCAUGCGGUUUUUGAAUUCAUAUGAAAGUUGGAACCUUUUUCACAACAAGGUGUUGUCCCAGAGAAUAACUUUGUCCCCUGAAUUUGAAAGAAUUGGUAGAGAGAUAGUAAACAAGUGCAAAGGAUUACCUCUUGCAAUUAAUGUGGUUGCUGGACUCCUCUCAAAACCCAAACAAGACUUAAAUGAAUGGGAGCUAAUUGCAAAAAAUGUUCAUACAUUAAGUAUAGAUCAUUCUAAUCAGCAGGGUGAAAACAUCAUUGACUUGAGUUACACCUUCUUACCUCAUCAUCUUAAACAUUGUUUCUUGUUAAUUGGGGGUUUUCCAGAGGACAGUAAACUUCCUGAGCCUUUUAUUGUUGAUAUUUUGGUUUCGGGGGGAUUUCUAAAGGUUUUGAGGUCUAAGAGCUUGGAAGAUGUGGCAAGAGAAUCCUUGCAAGAUCUUGUAGACAGAAAUCUUCUUUUAAUUUCUACAAAGAUGACUGAUGAUGGAGAAUCAUUG